AGCGUCCUUGGUAUUUUCACAAACUGUCAGUAUGACUGGAUCUGGCUAAUCCCAGCGUAGUAUUUAAUGUUAAAAAAAUAAGAGAAUUGUUCUGGGAAAAGAGAAAAGGAACACAGCCUUACAGAUGCAAGUGGAACUGAAGCUAAAACUUGAGCAGUAAUAAUAUGCGCACUAAUUACUGGCAGGUGAAUUCAUCUGCCUGACCCUUCUCUUCACUGACUGCAGCAGCUGUCACAGCUGAUGAAUUCGGAUGCCUUUUGUUCAUAAAAGGCCCGUCCGCCCGUUACUGGCCCAACUAGUGCGAAGUAACCCUAACAAAACAGGCACCGAUCCGGCUCUCCUCCGUGACUCCGUCCCACUGCCCAGCCGCUGUGCGUUCGCGCUCUCUCCCACACUGUCUGCGACGACUGCGUGGGUGGGUGGGUGGGCUACCGCCGCCGCCCGUCGCCAGGUGCCGAUCUCUUCACACCCUUGACCCUCCUCUCGCGUCUGCCGUGCGAGAACGUACCGCCACGACGAACGAUGGGGAGGCCGAGCAGGGGGCGGCAGCGCAUCGAGAUCCGUCGCAUCGAAGAAGGCGGCCGGCUGCAGGUCACCUUCUCGAAGCGCAAGUCCGGCCUGCAAAAGAAGGCCGCCGAGCUCUCCCUCCUCUGCGGCUCGCCGGUCGCCGUCGUCAUCUUCUCCCCCGGCAGGAAGGUGUUCGCGCUGGGCACCCCCUCGGUCGACCACGUCCUCCGCCGCCACGCUCCUCCGGUCCUCGGCGAAGGAGAGGAGGACGGGCUCCUUCCGGCGCUCCAGGACGGAAACGUCGUGAUGAGCAGCAGCGCUAUCGCCGACCGCGCGGAGGUGGAGAACAUCGUGCGGCGUACGGAGGAGACCAAGGCGCGUUCGGUGGCGGAGAAGGCGCGGAUGGACGCCGUCGGGAAGGCCGUGAGGCAGGCCGCGGCAAAGGCCGGAAGGAGGUUCUGGUGGGAGGCGGACUCCGGCGAGCUCGGGGACGCUGAGCUGCCAGGAUUCGCCAAGGCGCUCCGUCGGCUCAGGGUCAACCUGCAGCGCCAUUUGGACUCGCUGUCGGCGUCUGCUAAUAAGCAACUGCAGUAGGAGCGGCUGUGCAAAACUGGCUCAUUUCAUUUGGUGUUGCUUAGGCACUUAGGGUAUAUUACUAAUGUUUACAACGUUAAUAUCAUGCUAAAAGCUAGGUCUUCACGC